GAAAUUAAAACUGCACGUCGGUGUUGGAGGCAUAUGGGAAGUUUUACACUGAUUUUGCAUCCCUAUUGUUUUGAUUUUUGUUUCGUUAAUGAUCUGGGAUAUUGAUAUAACUCGUAAUUAAUUGCAUUGACUGAAAAUAUACUACAACUAAGCAGGUGGUACUGAUCGAGUGAGAUCCCCGGCAGCGUUCACCCAGCCAGCAUGGCCGUCCGAUGGCCGACCCAGUCAGCUGCUCCUCCUCCCAGUCCUCCUCGUCUGGCUCGGCCUCCUCCUCCUCCCACCUCUCCAUAGAGGAGCGGUACAGUGACGCCGCGCGGCGCAUCUUCGCGGCCCAGCAGCGGCAGCGGGCGGCUGCCGAGCGGGAGCAGCUGUUCUCGUUCGGCACCUACCGCCGGCGCGUGCUGCACGCGCACUUUGGGAACGCGGGCGUGCUGGUGACGCUGCCCUCGCCGCAGCCGUCGGCGGCCACUGUGUCAGGGAGCUCCCGCGCCUCCAGCUACGAGUGGGUAGGACCGAGCGGCUGUGCCGUUCAGUGAGAUAGUGCAGUGAGACUCAAUUGAGACAGUCCAGAGUCAGACUCAAGUGUUCAUCAUUCAGUGAAACUGUCCAGUGAGACACUCUGGUGAGACGCAGCCGGGCGGCUGUAACGUCCGGUGAGACUGUUUCGGGUGACAAUACCGUUCAGCGGGGUAGUCCUGUGAGACAGUUCAGUGAGACAGCCCUGGAUGACUAUCCAGUGAGACUCCAGUGAGACACUAGUAGACGGUCCCGGGCGGCUGUAUCGCCUGGUAGAACUAUCCCGGGUGACUGCACCGUUCAGUGAGGGCACGAGCCGCGAAGCUGGUUGGUUUUACCGUGUAGUGGAAUUGGACCAGGGCUGCUGUACCGUCUAAUGAAAUAUUCCAGUGAGACAUUUUAGUGAGAUAUUUCCGAGUGGCUAAACCGUCCAGUGAGACAGUACAGUGGGCCAUUUCAGUGAGGAAUAUCAGUGAGAUACUGGACUGAAGACAGUGCCUGGCUGUACCGUUUGGCGCCCGGUGAGACAGACUGGUUGGCGACCCGGUGAGCAAGCUGCUCAGGGGACAGUCUGUCCCACCAACUCAACCCUAUCCAGUGAUCCAGCCUACCAUCAGCUCGUCCUGAUUUUGGAGAAUUUGAGUCACCAUCGGUCCGACCAGCAUCACAAAGACCCGGUUAUCUCGAUCUGUGAUAGAGCAGGCGGCACUGCUUCAAGAUGGCGUCUCGGAUGGAGGUGAACCUGUCCCGCCUGCUGCAGCAGUGUGAACGGAUGGCAGCCGCUGAGGAGUGCGACGGCAACUGGCGCUACGAGCAGUACGUUAAUGCGCUCCGGACUCAGCUUGACGCCCUGAAGUCCAGUCCGAGUGUACCGAGUCCGGAGAAAUUGAGCGAGUUCGGCAGACGCAUUGAACACCUGCAGAGCUUUUUACCGCCGGAGCCGCAGGUGACGCCUCCGUCCGCCGAGCCGCCGGCCCGCCCGGCCGCCAGUCCGCCCGUGUCUCCAGUACUGACUGUGGUGUCCAGAUCACACGCCAGCCCGGCCCUCACCGAGCUGCGGCACCGGCGCGGCGGCCGCGCGCACGCCGAGGCGAGGGCCCAGCUGCUGGGAACGCCGGUCGGGGGCGAUGCGGCGCCUCCAGCCAGCGGCGGCGGCAGCGUGGAGGAGGACUUUGAGCAGGUGAUGAAGCGCCACCACGAGCUGCAGGAGCGAGCCGCAGAGGAGAUGCUGGCGCUCACCAGAAACCUCAAGGAGCAGUCGCUCAUCGCCAAAAACGUCAUUGCUAAAGAUAGAGAGACGCUAGAGCGCAGCACUGCGCUGACGGACAAGAACACGGGUCGCCUGGAGCGCGAGUCGCAGCGGCUGGCCGAGUUCAGCCGGCGCGCCUGCCGCUGCUGGCUGUGGAUCAUGCUCGCCGUCGUCUGCGCCACAUUCAUGGGUAUGGUCGUGUUCAUCCGUUUGUUUGGUAAGAAGGUGCUGACGGCGACGCCGGCCGAGUAGCUGACACCCUCCGGUGGUGGAUCGCUGGCUGAUCGGUCCAUCGGUGACCUGCUCCAUAGGUGGCGCUGGUGGCCGCCCUUCCGUGGGUCACCCGGGCGACUGCGAUCCGUGUGAUGACAGAUAUAUCCUAUACAGAUAAGUUAUAUUAUAUGGCCGCUGCCUGCCCCACGCCCGGGCGGUGGGCAAGUCUGGGCACUGAGGUGUCAGUAUGUGAUACGCUGAGGUGACCUCAUCGCAAUACAAUGGUGUGUUUCUUA